CACUUCUCCAUCCGACAAUAUGGAAAAUGACAUGAAACCCACUGCCCUGCACGUCGAAGGAUCCUUUGCGGAAUCCCCCGACUUUGAUCCCAUCCCUCGUCAGCGGAUUCCCUUGACCGAGGAGGACAGCAAGAGAAUCAAGCGGAAGACUGACCGGGCCAUCUUGACGAUCCUGAUCUGGGUCUAUUUCCUGCAGAUUCUGGACAAGACGGUCCUGGGGUUCGGAGCCACCUACGGACUGGAGGAAGAUACUCACCUCACGGGCAACCAGUACUCGCUCAUCGGCUCCAUCGCGCCUAUUGCCCAGCUGGCCUGGCAACCAUGUUCCUCUUGGCUCAUAGUCAAGGUCCGCCCUCGCAUCCUCAUGCCUACCCUCUGUCUCGGAUGGGGGAUUGCGCAGACAUGUAUGGCCGCGUGCCACAACUUCGGGCAGCUGCUGGCGGCGCGAUUCUUCCUCGGACUGUUCGAAGCCGGAUGUCUACCUCUGUUCUCGAUCCUCGUGGCACGAUGGUAUCGGCGCGCCGAGCAGCCCAUUCGCGUGGCCGCCUUUUACUCCACCAACGGCUGGGCAACCAUCAUCGCGGCGGCCCUGUCCUACGGACUGAGUCAAAUCAAGUCGGAUGUCUUGAAAGGAUGGCAAAUUAUCUUCUUGUUUGUCGGUCUCCUCACCAUCAUCACCAGCCCCUUCAUCUACUGGCGUCUCGACGACGACAUCGACACCGCACGAUUCCUCCGUGAGAGCGAAAAGGAGCAGGCGGUCGAACGGCUCCGUGCCAACCAGACCGGCACCGGCACGCGGGAGUACAAGAUGAGCCACCUCUGGGAAGCGGUGCUGGAGCCCAAGACCUACCUGUGGAUCGGGCUGGGGCUGCUCCUCAACAUCGGGGCCUCGGUCACCAAUGUCUUCGGCCCGCUGAUCCUGAAAGGCCUCGGGUUCGACACCGACCAUGUGACGCUGCUGAACAUGCCGUUCGGGGCGGUGCAGGUGAUCAUUAUCUUGUUGGCCAGCUACCUCGCCCAAAAGGCCAAGAUGAAGGGGGUCAUCCUCGCGGGGCUGGCGCUUCCGGUCGUCGCGGGGCUGGCCUUGCUGUACGCCCUGCCCCGGGAUCAGAGCGCCAAUGGGGGCCUCAUGGCGGGGUUCUAUCUGCUGGCCUUCUUGUUCGGGGGCAACCCGCUGAUCGUGGCCUGGAUUGUCUCCAACACCGGAGGCACCACCAAGCAGAGUGUCUGCAUGAGCUUCUACAAUGCCGCCACCUCCGCGGGGAACAUCAUCGGGCCCCUGCUGUUCAACUCCACAGACGCGCCGACCUAUCGUCCGGGGCUGAAGGCGUGUCUGGGCAUUUUUGUUGCCUUGGUGGGGGUGACCCUGCUGCAGUGGGUGAAUCUCAUCGUGCUGAACCGCAUGCAGGCGCGCCGGCGCGUCCAGAACGGGAAACCGGCGAAGCUGCAGGACCGGUCGAUGAGGAGGAAUGGGGCCGGGGAGAGCGUGAUGGUCACCGAGGAGACGGGCCAGCAGGGACUGAUGGACUUGACGGACCGCGAGAAUGACGAAUUUAUCUAUGUAUACUAG